CUGGGCAGUGAAGCGGCUCCUUGUCUCUAGUAGCGGCAGCGUGGCGGAUCUGUCUGUGUGCACGUGAGGGGGAAAGCUCCCGGGGAGAGCUCGGGCCUGUCCGGAGAAGGCUCGCUCGCUGGCUCGCUCGCUCCGGAAAGUACAGGGCGCGGACGGGCAGCACGCGUGGCCCUGCGGGGAAAGAAGUAGCGAGCGCCCAGGCACCCGCCGCCCGGCCAAGCUCCCCUGCACCGCCUCCCGUCCCAGGGUCCCCGCCCACGGCCUGUCCUCUCCACCCGGCGCAGGCGGGGCUUCAGGCGGGAAGGGGCUGGGCUGAGCUGCGAGGGGCUGCCGGGUUGGGCCUAUGGAGGCGGCGCGGACGCUGUUUGCUUGGGGUGCAAACAGCUAUGGGCAGCUCGGCCUUGGUCAUAAAGAGGAUGUGCUGUUGCCUCAGUCUCUGAAAGAUUUUUCCUGCAAACGUCAAAACAUUAAGAGCAUUGCUGGAGGAGGAGGACACUCUGCAGUUAUUACUGGUGCAGGAGAACUCUUUGUAUGUGGCCAAAACAAAGAAGGACAAUUGGGACUCAAUCACACUGAGGAUGUCCUGUGUUUUACUUCAUGCACUGCACUGUCUAGUGUUUGUGUGAUACAAGUGGCCUGUGGCUGGGAUUUUACAAUCAUACUUACUGGAAAUGGCCAAGUUUUAUCCUGUGGGUCUAACUCUUUUGGACAACUAGGAGUCCCUCAAACUUCAGGAGGAUGUUUGAUCCCACAAAAGAUUGAGUCCCUCACAGAGAAGGUGGUGAAUGUUGCUGCGGGACUCAGACAUGCUCUUGCUGCGACAGAAAGCGGCAUGGUGUUCCAGUGGGGAACAGGCAUGGCUUCUCGGGCAAACCGGGCAAGCCAAGGGAAAAUGAUCCCAUCCUUCUUGACAGCAAAAGAACCUUGUAAAGUAACAGGUCUGGAAGAUGUAAAGGUGAAAAAAGUCACUGCCAGCUCCUACCAUUCAGUGUCACUUACAGAUGAAGGAGAAUUGUGUGUUUGGGGUAGCAACAAACAUGGGCAGCUAGUGAGUAAAGAGACUUUUCUUGUUGAGCCCCAGAAAAUAGAUGCUCAUUUUUUCUCGGGUGAAAAGAUUGGAGCGGUCUGGAGUGGAUGGACACAUGUAGUGGCACAAACAGAAACUGGCAAGGUCUUCACGUGGGGUAGAGCAGACUAUGGGCAACUCGGAAGGAGUGCAGUGGUUCACGAUGGACAAAGACAGCAGGUGCAGAGAUCAUCUGAGCAGCAUUUGGAGCAGUUGUCUAAUGUGCCAGUUUCAGUGCCUUGCCUCUCUGGAGCAUCUCAGAUUGCAUGUGGCUCAGAGCAUAAUCUGGCAGUAGUUGUGCAGAGGCAAAGAGCAUGUCCCAGGUCUUACCAACUAUGUCAUCAACAAUAUGACAAACCAAUUUGACCCAGCAGUACAUCCAGAGGUGCUAAUCAACAUAUGUGUUGGACUGCAUGUAAUAUCAGAUGUACAGGAAUCUCUACUGAAAGUAGCAGAUGUUGGUGAAGCACAAAUGGAGAGAUUUGAGAGAGACGCACUUUAUUCUGAUGAGACACAGUGCUUCUUUAGGCCAGUCAAGAAAUCUGGCAUCAAAACAUUUGCUGACAUAGCCAAGAAGACCAAAUUUAAGUCUGGCAAGCGAGGGACAAUCACAGUAUCUAUCAGUCCAGAAAUUGUUUUUCACAGAGCCCUGUCCUUAGCAAGAGACAGAGAUGAUAUUUCAAUAACAACUGUUCUUAGUCACCCAAUAGGACCUGUGCCUAUGUCCCUCUUCCAUGCUGAUGGAACAAUGAGAAGAACAGACAAAGCUGAAUUAGGGCACCAGCUGGAAGCUCAAGCUGAAAGAAUCCAUGAACUAAGAGCACGUAACAAAGAAACCACAGUGUACAUCAAAGAUUCCCUGACUAUCAUACAAAUGGUGUCUGGGGACAAAUUCCACACAUUCGAUUAACUGGCUGCUGAGUAUUUGAGAAAGGUCCUAAAAAGAUUUGACAAAACGAAGUCUGUAAUCAAAGACUUUGACAGAUAUGACAACCGUAACCCUGUGAAAACUGCAGAAAGACAGAACCAGACAGGAUGUAAGGCUGGAUGCAAGAAACGCCAGGUGAUUGGAGGACACCAUCUGCCUCCAGGGAAAAAAUUUC